AUGAGCUUUUCUGCGCGGGAGGCAAUCGCUUUUCUGCAACAGUUUGUGGAUGAUCAUAAUUCCCCAAGGUUUUAUGUUAUUCCUGAGACUUCUCCAGAUGUCACUACGGAGAAAGUAUCAUUUUUGGAAAGUUGCUGGAGUUCUGCUGUACAAAACUCAAAUAAGUAUCCCACUAACAGCAACAAUAAUAAUAGAAAUAGCAGCACUAACAACUCUAUCGGUAUAGACGCAAAUCUCACUGCACUUGGUACCUGUGGUACUUGUUCCCUAACUGACAUAUCGCCGCGCAAAGCCUCCGUAGUACCUUGUGAGGCCCCAUCUAAUGUAAACCCAUCAACUCCAUCGAUAAACUCGGAUAGCCAAGAAGGUUUUUUUUCCACCGCUGUCAUUCCUGUUCAUCCAGAUAUGAGUAAUAGAAGUGGACGUAACGGUGUGGCGUGGGUGGUUUUGUAG